AAUAUCAAGUGAGACCACUCUCUCUCUCUCUCUCUCUCUCACCGAUCUCUGCGUAAAUGAUGGUGGUCCAACUAUGGGAGACCCUCAAGGAAACAAUUACAGCUUACACUGGACUCUCUCCGGCCGCGUUUUUCACCGUCUUAGCCCUCGCUUUCGCCGUCUACCAAGUCGUCUCCGGUUUCUUCGCCUCCCCUCAAGAGCACCGCCCGCGCUCCACGGAGGUACACCCGCCUCUUCCGCCGCCGGUUCAGCUCGGAGAAAUCACGGAGGAGGAGCUGAAGCAGUACGACGGCUCCGAUUCCGAAAAGCCCCUCCUCAUGGCGAUCAAAGGCCAGAUCUACGAUGUUUCCCAGAGCAGGGUGUUCUAUGGACCAGGUGGACCAUACGCUUUGUUUGCGGGGAAAGAUGCGAGCCGAGCUUUGGCGAAGAUGUCCUUUGAGUAGAAUGAUUUGACCGGAGACAUCUCGGGUCUCGGUCCUUUUGAGCUAGAUGCGUUGCAAGACUGGGAAUACAAGUUCAUGAGCAAGUAUGUCAAAGUCGGGACCAUUCUGAAGAAGGAUGGACAAGGCGAAGAAAGUACAGAAGAACCUUCUACCAACACUACUGGAGAAGAAGCUUCCAUUGGCGGCGAAACUUCUACAAGCGUAGAGGAGCGAACUGCAGAAACCAUCGAGAAGAAGGAUGUCGCAAAUGGUGAUGCUGCAAAGGAAGAUUAGUGAGAGUUUUAAGGGGUUUUAAGUUAUAUAUAUAUAUAUAUAUAUAUAGCUCAAUGUGGAAGAAGCAAGCUCAAUAGAUUAAAAAAAUGUAGACUGUGUGUACCUUUUGGAUCUUAUAUUUGACAUCUAAUUCUGGUUAUAAAUUGUUUCUGUUUUUAGACG